AUGGCUCAGUCGCCUCCGCAGAGCCUCCUUAGCCACGACCACUGGAUCUUCUCCCAGGGCUGGGGCUGGGCCCACUCGGACUCCACGUCCCCGGCCUCCUCCUCGGACUCGUCGGGUUCGUGCCCCUAUGACAGCUCCCGCGGCCCCUCGCAGCCCGCACCCCCCGCCUGCAGCUCCAGCGCCGCGGAGGCCACUCCACCGGCGCCCCGACGUGCUCGGACCUGGCCGGCUGGCGGGCAGCGGCAGAGCGCCAGCGAGCGCGAGAAGCUGCGCAUGCGCACGCUCGCCCGCGCCCUGCACGAGCUGCGCCGCUUUCUGCCGCCGUCCGUGGCGCCCGCCGGCCAGAGCCUCACCAAGAUCGAGACGCUGCGCCUGGCCAUCCGCUACAUCGGCCACCUGUCGGCCGUGCUGGGCCUCAGCGAGGAGAGCCUGCAGCGCCGGCGCCGGCGGCACAGCGACGCGGCGUGCCCCCGGGGCUGCCCGCUCUGCCCCGACGGCGGCCCCGCGCAGGCGCAGACGCAGGUGCAGGUGCAGGUGCGCGGCCCGGGCCUGGGCUCAGCCGCCCACGCCGGGGCGUCCUGGGGGUCCCCGCCCGCCUGCCCUGGACCCGGAGUCGCGCCCGAGCACCUGGGGAGCGGGUUCCCGGACACACAUCCCUGGGUGACGCCCCCUUACUGCCCCAAGAUGCAGUCUCCCCCGCAUCCGUCCCAAGGGAGAACCCCUGACGAGUCUCUUUGGAUACCACUCCAAGCCUUUCCCAGGACGCAGACAUCCCCAGAGCCCGGGAACCCGGCAGUGCCCUGGACGACGCCCCCGGGGUCCGUGGAGCUGGCUGCAGUAUACCAGAAUAUCUCUAUGUCUCCAGAGUCCCGUCUGUCGCUGGAAACCCCACCCCUCCUGCCCCGCCCAUCAUGCCAAAGACUCCAGCCUCAGACCCAGUGGGGAUGCUGGAGCCACAAUGCAGAGGUGCUUCCCGGCUCAGAGGACCAGGGACCAGGCCCUGCCUUCCAGCUCAGUGAAGAAAGCCCUCCCCAGAGCUCAGGCCUGCGGCUCAGUGGCUGCCCUGAACUUUGGCCAGAAGACCUGGAGGGGGCCCACCUGGGUGUCUUCUACUAA